AUGGGUAAAGGGAAACGCUUCGACAAAAAGUCGGCCACCACCUAUUCGGUGGUACACAGAUCACACGAAGACUCUUUGUACUACGACAAUGACGCAUCCAGACACGUUUUGCUUGAGCUUCCCAAUAGACAGAGCAAAUCGCAGGUUUCGGCGAAACCCACAUUGAACCUCAACGAGGCUGCCGCAGCAAAAUCGGACGUCCAGCUCCGCGAGAAUGAAGGUUUUGCUGCCCAAUAUGGUAUUUUCUACGACGAUUCGAAAUACGACUACUUGCAGCACUUGAAACCCAUGGGUCAAGAAGGUGGUGUGUUCAUCGAGGCAGUCAAGCCAAAACCAACCGGCAAAAAGAACAUUGAGAACAUUUUGAAGGAUCAUCUUCCAUCGAAGGAGACUCGUGUUGUGACUCUUGACGAGACAGAGAAUAUUCCAGAGGAUCUUCGAGGCUUCAAUCCUGAUAUGGAUCCCCGUUUGAGAGAGGUUCUCGAGGCCCUUGAAGAUGAAGCGUAUCUUGAAGAGGGCGACGAGGAAGCCGAUGAAGAGGGUGAUUUUUUCGCUGAUUUGCUUCGGUCCGGAGAGGCGGGCGAGGGCGAUUUCCUGGAUGACGAAGAAUACGACGAAUGGGACAUGGACAACCACCAGGAUGAGUUUGACCACUACGACCAAUACGAUCUGGACCAGUAUUCUGAAGCUGGCGAAAAUGUUGCCUUGGAGAACCCUUACAACGAGGGAGAAGCCCCAGAGGGUUUGGAGGAAGAUGUAACUGGCGGCGCUGCCAAUGUCGGAGUCGUCAAUAGUGCGUGGGAGAAGGAUUUUAAGAGAUUUGCUCAAAGUAGCAAGUCUCGUGCUAACGACUGGGACUCUGACAACGAGUUCGAGGAUGAGGAUGAAGAGGCAGAGGAGGCCGAUAAUUUGGGCGAGCUCCCCUCUAUUCAAGGCAAGAAAAAGAAAAAGAACGUCGUCAGAAAAAAGAUGGGUGCAAUGACCGACACCAGUUCUUUCUCCAUGUCUUCGAGUGCAAACUUCCGUACCCAGGGAUUGAUGUUGCUUGACGACCGUUAUGAGCAGAUGGCCAACAAGUUUGACCAGCCGUCUAUGAGAAACACGCAAGAAUUCUCAUACGACAAGGAGCGUCCAGAUCUCGAAAACAUGUUGGACGAUUUUUUAGACACAUAUGAAUUUGACCGUGGUGGACGGAGACUCAUGAAGAAGGAUGCCAAACUAGAUGCCAUCAAGCAAGCUGCCGAUAGCGUUUCCAAGUCGAAACUAGCGGCAAAAAGACGGAAGGAGCAACAGCUGGCUGUAGGAAGUUUGGGAAGUUCGUUCGGGAACUUGACGCUCUGA